AUGCUUGAAAGGCGAAGGGAAAGGAAAAAGCAAUUCGGUAGCCCUUUUUCCAGAAUCCUUCCUUUUGGUCUAUCUCUCUCUCUCUCUCUCUCUCUCUCUCUCUCUCACUCUCUCUCACUCUGUGCUGGCCGUCCUGUCUCUGUCUCUCUGCUCUCCUUUUCCAGGGCCAAUAUCUCUGUCUCUGCGACUCGGUUCGGCUCCCCUCGAGUCCUCCUACUUCUCUUGCUGCUGCUGCUUGUUUGA